CUGAAGCAGUCGUGUUUUCUUGGUGGUGGAAAGCUGAGGAGGUGUGGGAAAGUUAUGCCCUCAAUGUAUGGUUAAUUUUGGCUGGAAAGGCUGACAUCAUAGACAUUUAAGUUCCACAUUGGACGGGGUUUAUAUUGGACGUGGCGGUGAGAGUCGAUCACAGCAAAGAGAGAAGAAGAACAGCAUCAUCAUCAUCAUCCUACAGACAGCAUCAUGAGGACUCUCUGCUUCGCUCUGGGGCUGCUGCUGCUCGCCGUCUGCUGCUGCGACGCCAUGCCUCAAGCUCUGCGGUACAGCACGGCACCUGGGAACUGCUGCUUCAACGUUUACACCCAAAAGAUACCAUUAAAGUUCGUAUCUAGCAUAACCAAGACCCACAGCUCCUGUCUAAAGCAGGCAUUCAUAGUCCAGACUAUGAAAGGAAGACAGAUCUGCUACAGUCAGACUUUCCAGUGGGCUCUGGAUGUCUACAAUCAGCUGUACAACACUGAGGGCAGUGGUCUGCAGCUCUGAAGACGUAUUAUUGUAUAAUACUGAUAGGGGGGGUGAAUCAGUGCCUGGUUUUGCAGGCCAAAAGGUGUGAAGACUUGUAUUUUAAUAAAAUGCUAUUGAUGU